GCGGACUGAGCACGGGCACUGGCUGUUGAGAAGGACGGCUAUGGCGCUGCACGACUAUAGGCCUGGGUAUUGGUACCACCAGGCCCGUUGGAAGCCUAUGUCUGGGGAAGGGCCCUGGAUCACUGUUAUACUCAACUACGACGGUGGAUAUGAGGUGCUCCUGAAGAUCAAAGUGGAGGGAGCAAGAGAGGGAGAGAUGCGGACUAACCCGAAGUUGCAGGAUGCGAUUACGGAGGCGAGAGACCGAGCGGAGAGGCGCUGCAGACGGGCCGGAGUGACGGCAAGGCUACGGAUAACGGUGACCUAUCAUGAGACAGAAACUUCGACUGACACGGUGGACAGGGAACAGGCCCACCUGGACAGAGACUCGGGUGGGGAGAGCGAGAUGAGCGAGGUGGGGGAUCGAGAUUCGGACCUCCACUCCUGGAACAGGCCAGGGCAAGUCCGCAAGAACCAUCCGUUGGCACGACCUGGGAGUAGCGGGGCCGAGACCAGCGGGCGGCAGUACGGUCCCAGAGGACGGGAGACAAGAAAGGGGGAGACUGACGAGAUUGGCGCGGGACUGGGGGCAAAACGUGGGACUGACGGGAUUUGCGGGACUGGCUGGACUGACGGGAUUUCGCGGGGCUUCGGGGAUUGGCGGGACUGGCUGGACUCGCGUAAGUACAUACGUGGGACUCGCAGGUCGGGAUGCUUCUCGGCGGGAUGGCAACGUUUUGUUGCAAAUCUCCAGCGUGGUGAUACAAGAGCGGGCGCUUUGGGGUCUAAACGCUUGACGGUGCUGCAAUCAACAAUGUACGCCACGAUGAAAAACAUCCCAAUACUGCAGGCGCUUGAUGCGGCGCUUCAACAGCAGCCUCCUCUGCAUCAUGUCACGCAUACUACUCUGUCGGAACUCAAGGACUACAUUCGAUCGAUCUGUUCAAUAUACUGGUGUUGUUCAGGAAUGCGGUCUACUGGUGCACCAUGCUGUUCACUGUCGCCGACCUGAACGUAUUAUACACGUAUAUCUCCUGAGUGUCGAUGAGCAGCAAGCUGUUGCCCGCGUACAUGGAGCAUUCUCGACCGGCACAUGCCGCGUGCAUCAUGCCAUAAUGCCCUGCGUGCGUAGGGUCGUGGUCUACGGCUGCAGGUCGCGGGACGCGAUGCCAGCGAUUGGUUUUUGCAUCACGUUUCGCCGUACGACGGGCCACUGUUAUACAUGCAAUCCGACGAUGCCAACCUUCAAUACAAAUGUUCAGCACAUGGCUGUUGCACCUACAGUCGUUUGCGCAGCGGCGCCGCCGAAUGACCAGCCUCCAAGUCCUCGUCAGAUCUAUGCUCCUGCAGUCCACGAUUUCGACCGCCCCUUGCUUCGUCGCAUGCCGUCCGCCUUUUAAGAAACCGCUGCUGGUGUUCAGGCUCUUGAGAGAUCUAUGCCUCCAUCACAUGUUGGCCUGCAACCUAGCAAUGAUGACCACUCACCCAUGGUCGUGGGCAGGUGAUGGCACACGCCUGUCCUUGUGAUACCCAGCCAGCGGGGGCUGCACGCUGCUCGCAUCCCUGUGAACGUUUUCUGCCAUGGCGUGUGAUUUGCCCUUGUUGCUUUCGUUUCCCCGUUUCGUUGCAUUCCCGGAGCAGCAUACGCAGAACGUUUUGUUUAGCGCUUGCACUUUCUGUAGGAGGAAACUACUGAAGAUUGCUUAUUUGUUUUCAUUUUGUCUUUUGCGCUUAGACAUUCGCGCGGGUUCUGGGAUGUUCAUCCGUGGCGCGGCGUAAUGGAGUUUUCAAACAGACCCUUCGUUCCAGUCGUCGUUUCUCCAUGCACAAUAGCUGUGCCUUUCAGCUGUGCCGCGUGUGCCCCCGACGGCCCUGUGUUCUUUUAGACUCGUCCAUGUAAAAUAACUACACUUUCUGCUUUACCGUAUGCUGCGCCCUUCUUGCCACGCUCUUGCACCGUUGCGUGUUGUGCUUCCGUUCUCAUGUGCCACCGCAUUUCUAGGGCAGCACACGCAGAAUGUGCAGCUUGGCCUAGAUAUGUUCGGAUGUACAAUGUGCAGAGGACGCCGGUCCGCGACGAUCAUGACGAGGCCGACGCAUCAAGAUAGAGGCCGAAGAACAGUAUCAGCGUGCCAAAGACACUCGCGUCGCUGGUGCUAAAUACAGCCACUACGCUUGUUUGUUUUCGCUUUCCCUUUUGCUGUUCCGGGUUGGCAUACACACCGUCUGCUGUUUACUGUGGCCUGAACUCGCAACAGAAUGAUCAUAGACGCAAUGGAGUUUUCAGUCAGACUCUUCGUUCCGCUUGUCGUUUUUCCGUGUACAAUAGCUAUGUUUUUUUACUGUGCCGUGUGUUUUGCUGUUUUUGCUUCGGUCUUGCGCCGCUGUAGACCGCAUCCUUGUUGGAUGAUCGUAGGCCUGCGUUCUUUUAGACUCAUCCGUGUAAAAUAGCUACACUUUUCUACUGUGCUGUAUGAUUUGCUCUUUUUACCACGGUCUUGCGCCGCUGUACAAACCCUGUCCACGUGAGACAACUGAUACCGAUUGCAGCUAGCGCGGUUGUUUGUUUUUGCUUUUCCUUUUGCUGUUCCAGCCCGUUCCCGGAUUYGCAUACACACUGUCUACAAUUUGCUACGGUUYGRGCCSGCGRUGGAGUGACCAUAGACACAAUGGAGCUUUGAGACGGGCCCCUUGGUUCARCCGUYGUUUUUUGAGUGGUUUCAUACGACAAACAGACUGAUUCCACCUUUCUUUUCCGUUUCUGCGGCUCUCAAUUUCGCAAUAAGUGAUCUUCUUGGUCAAUCUACUCCCGUCAGYCGUGUGUUCUUUUUGGGGUUCGAGUCGACACAAUGCUCGCUUGCAGAUAGCAGAGCGUGUGCUGCUUUCCUUCAAAAGAGCAUAUAGUGUGAGGAAUGCUCAACAAAUUAUCCUAACAGUC